CCCACACAAUCUCAUCAAAUCAAACACUCCUUCGAGUAACCGCAAAGUUAUAACCCCCAAACCAUUUAAAAACACAAGAUCAUUUUCAUUAAAAAAAUGGAUGCUUCAAUAUUAAUGUCUUGUGAUUUUAAUCCUUCAUUUGAAUCUGUUGAUCAAAUUCAACACCACUUGUUUGAUCUUGAUAAACACCAAAACGAUUUCCAUUCUCUCAUCAUGAAUACUAAUUCCACCCACCAUGCCUCAGAUCCAUCCUCGCACGAUUCAUUUACUAGUCCAACAUUGGUUGUUAACAACACUGACAAUGUUAAUGAUGCCGCAUGUAAAAAUGGAUCAUCAUCGAUGAUCCAUAAACCUCACAUUCCAAUACCAGAAUGGAAGAGGUAUAGAGGUGUGAGGCGAAGGCCAUGGGGGAAAUUUGCUGCAGAGAUAAGGGAUCCAAAGAAGAAUGGAGCUAGAGUUUGGCUUGGAACGUACGAAACUGAAGAAGAAGCUGGUUUGGCUUAUGAUAGAGCCACUUUCAAGAUCCGUGGUAGAAAAGCCAAGCUCAAUUUUCCCCACCUUAUCGGCUCUAAAGAGCCGACAAAUGUGGUGGUAGCUUCGAAGAACAGCUUAUCGGAGGCUAAUUAUGAGCCUUCGGGAGGGAUAAUAAAGAAGAAGAAGAAGAACUUAGUUGAUGUAUUGAAUAGAUUAGCCAAUAAUAGAUGGAAAAUUAAGUGCAGGGUUUGAAAUGGUUUAGGGGCUAAAGAUGUUCUAGUGGGUAAUGAUGUUUGACAUUUAAAAAUAAAAAGAGAGGGAUAAUGAUGUUUAUGUGCAUCAAUGGCUGAAUGAUUUUUUGCUAUAA